AUGGAAUUUGAUAUUCUAAAACAGGAGAAUGCAUCUAACAACACCGAGGAAAAUAGGAAGGACCAGAACAACUCAGAGUUAAAAGUGGAUGAUGGUGAAAAUAGCAGUUCUUUGAACACAAUGAACACUGAAGAGAAGGAUCACAGUAAUAAAUCAUCUGACUCUAAGAACAACUUGCUUCUGAAUUUGACAGAGACAACUCAAUCCAAUAACCAUUCUGAUUCAAGAAGUAACGUGACUGAACUGAGUACUGAAAAUGACAGGAACUCAACAGGAUCCAGUACAGGAACAUCUGGUUCAGCACACGGUGGAGCUGAAACUUUGUUGGAUGCAACUCAAGCUCUAAAUACAACACAAGUUGGUGCAACUUCUGUGGAGGACAACUUGCAAAUGAGUAAACUGAAUAAGACUGAGGCUAAUAACAAUCUAACUGAUGCCAAUUCAACAAGUUCCACAGAAUCCAGAAAUCCAGAUGCAAUAACCGGAGAAUUAUCAAAUUCAACCACCAAUUCAGGGUCUGUUAUGUUAGAAGAGAGUACAAGGUCAAAUGAAACAGCUGAAGGGGAUGAGAGUUCUAAGUCUUCAGCUACUGAGGAGACUACCAAUUUAACAAAUAAUGAGAAGGAACACAGUGACAAAGAAUCAGGCAGUGCAGAUGACAGCUUGGUCCCCUCUUAUGCAGCAGAGGAGACAACAGAUGCUGUUCAACACGAUCCAAUUGAUUCAUCUGAUACUACCAUCCCUAUAGAGGAGAAAGAGGCUCGCACAGAUCUGGAUACAUUGCCAGAUAUAAGAACAGAAGGUGAUGAAAAUGAAGAUGCUGCAGCAGAAUGA